AUGGCCAUAAUAAUCACAAUCCUCGCCACAAUAGGCGGAAUCUGGAUCUCCCGAUGGGCAUUAAACACCUAUCGCUUUCUAGCAAUCUACCUACACCCCCACAACCUAGCACGGUAUCACCACACCUCGCCAUCAGGGCAGCCUCCUUGGGCAUUCAUAACCGGCGCAAGCGACGGCAUAGGAAAAGGGUAUGCCUACGAGCUAGCACGACAAAACUUCAACCUCAUCCUCCACGGACGCAACGCCCAAAAACUAUGCUCCGUACGGUCAUACCUGCUAACCGAGUUCCCAUCCAUCGAGAUAAAAACCGUCCUCAGCGACGCCUGUCUAUAUGGUCCCCCCUCUUACAAAGAGAUAAAAGAGAUCGUCGCCGAGAUUCAAGACCUACAUCUCACGAUUCUAAUAAAUAACGUGGGAACCGGGACAAGGCCUACGGGACAUGUAUUCUCCAACUUCCAGGACGACAUACCAAGUGACAUCGACGCCAUAAUCAACGCCAACGCCCGCUUCCCAGCGCAUAUCACUCGCGCUUUACUCCCUCUUCUCCUCUCCCACCGCAAGCCCUCCCUAUUAUUAACCAUGGGCUCCAUCGCCGACAUCGGCUCACCCUAUCUGAGCGUCUACUCGGCCACCAAGGCCUUCGGGACGUCCUUCUCGCGGGCGCUAACACGGGAAAUGGCCGCGGAAGGCCAGAAUAUUGAGGUGUUGGCGAUCAUGACGAGUUCAGUGACGGAAACGGCGACGGAGAAUGCGCCGUGUAGUAUUGUGCGGCCGGCGGCGAGGGACUUUGCGAGGGCGGCGUUGAGGAGGACGGGGUGUGGGUGGGAUGUUGUGGAGGGGGUGUGGACGCAUGCUGUGCUUCACGCGGUGACGAGGCGGUUGCCUGCUGGGUGGCUUUCGGGGAUUUUGAGGGAGAGUGUGAGGGAGGAGAUGAAGAGGGAGGGGAAGAGUGCGUGA